GCCGCCGGGCGGGCGGGCAGCCACCGGGCGGGGGCUGGGCUCCGCGCCGGCCUCUCCCGGGGCGCCCGAGGCUGCGCCCUGGGCUCCGCCGCCGCGGCCGGCGACCCCGUCUCCCUCCCGUGGCCCUUCCCAGGCGCUCUCCCGCCCCACGGCAGCAGUCGGUCCCGGCAGGCAGCCGUGCCCGCUCAUUGGCUGGCGCGCCCGUUCCGCCGUGACGCGCUGACAGACCCGGCGCCCUGUCCGUCUGGCGGGGAGUGCCAUGGCUGGCGUGGAGCUGUUCUCGCACCCCACGCUGCACACGCGCUACCGGGCCGGGCUCUGCUCCGCCGCGGCGCUGGCGCUGCUGCUCAUCACGGUGCUCACCUACGUGCCGCCGCUGCUAGUGGCCUACCGGAGCCACGGUCUGUGGCUGAAGCACAGCGCGUACCUGGAGCAGCCCACCGUUCGGUUCCGGUACGAGAUGCUCAUCGUGGCCACCCUCGGGCCCGGCCCGGGCAGCUUCUUGGCGUGGAGCACGUUCCCAGCGUUCAACAGGUUGCAGGAGGACCGGCUGCGGGUCCCGCUGCUGGCGACUAGAGAAGAAGACAAAAAUCAAGAUGGCAAAAUGGAUCAGUUGCACUUUAAAUUGGAACUUCCACUACAACCUACAGAACAUGUAGUUGGCGUUCAGCUGAUUCUGCUCUUUUCCUACCAGCUUUAUAGAAUGUCAACGUUUGUGAUGCAGAGCAUGGCUUUUCUUCAGUUCUUUUCUCCUGUGCCAGGGUCCCAGCUCUGUAUGAAUGGAGACCUGAAACUGAACCAGAGGCAAUUACUUAACCAUUGUGGACUGGAUACCAGAUACAAUGUGUCUGUGGUGAAUGGCACAAGUCCUUUUGCAAGUGACUAUGAUCUAACAAACAUCGUUGCAGCAUACUGGGAUAGAAAUGUGACAACAGUCUUUUCAGAUCCCAACCCUGUUUGGGUGGCUGGGAGAGCGACAGAUACACCAUUUAUCAUCAACGCCACUAUUCAUUACCCAGUGGAAGUUAUCUUAUAUCAGCCAGGAUUUUGGGAAGUGAUUAAAUUUGCCUGGAUCCAGUAUGUCAGCAUUCUCCUUAUCUUUCUUUGGUUGUUUGGUAGGAUUAAAAUGUUUGUGUUCCAGAAUCAGGUGUUAACUACAACUCCAAUAUCACCAGUUCUGCCAGUGUCUCCAGUACUGUCCUACAAACAGCACCAGUCCUGAGGAGAUGCCUGAGAACACUUAAAAGAAAUGUAGUUCAAAAAUAGAUCCCUGCUUUUAUUCUCUAUAUGUUUUUUACUUCAGAAGAUGAGAACUUUGUAAGUAUUUUUCAAGUACAUUCUGUUCAUGCUUCCCUCUUAACAUACAUGUUCGUUCAUCCACUUCUCUGGGAACACUGCUUUGUGACUGAAAAUUUUAGUAUUUUUGACAGCUAAAGAAGAACCUGGCCAUUUUUUUUCAGCUGGAACACACUUCAAAAACCAGUAGAAAGCAAUGAAACUGCUUUUGCAUGAUCUCAGUUUUUCUAAACCUUGAAGACUGAAAAUAAUAUGCUAACAGUAACAACAUAAGCCAGUUUUAAUGCCUUGUGAAUUAAUUCACUGCUGAAUUAAGAGUUCUGUCAA